GAUGAGGAGAACACCCACACCCCAGAAUCUGAAUGCGGCUUUGGCGCAUUAUAAAAACCGCUUGUGAUGCACCGGCAAGCCUCGGUCGUGAGGUAGCUCAGGGUUGCAGUAGUACAUCAGUCUUUUUUCUUUCCAUAACAAAGAAGACCAUCAUCCAUCUUUUGUUUUUUCUCCCCAAUUUCAGUUCAUUUCUGGCCAGUUGCAUGCAUUGUUCGUCUCCCAAAAUGGUUUGCGAGACUAAAAUCGUUGCAGACGAACACGAGGCCAUAGCUGGGACCAAAAAAGAUUCAAUUAUAGUUUCCUCCGCGCAAAUGUGGACGUCUUCUUCGCCUUCUCCCAGUGCGCUCGAGAGUAAGGUGGAAAAACGGGACCAGGUUUUUAUUCGCGAGUUUGAACGUUCAGACCUAAAGGAGGUGCGCCGGAUCUUCACCGAGGGAAUCAUGGAGCGUAUACCCAAUACGGCAUUUCGGGGGCUAAAACAGCGAACUAGAACCCAGUUUAUCUAUGCUUUUCUCACAGUAAUGUGCUAUGUUAUGACCAAAUCCUUCACACUGACCUUCUGCACACCGUUUAUUCUAAUGGGUGCACGUUAUUACUACAGCAGAAAAAUCAUUUUCAACUACCUGGACUGUGCUCUGCACACUGAUAUGGCUGACAUUGAGGCAUAUUACAUGAAACCCACAGGCUCUUGUUUCUGGGUGGCAGUUCUGCAAGGCCAGGUUGUGGGCAUCGUGGCAGCGCAAGGCCGAGAAGACGACAACACCGUGGAACUCCGUCGCAUGUCAGUGGAUUCUCACUUCCGUGGAAAAGGCAUCGCCAAGGCUCUGGGUCGACGUGUUCUAGAAUUUGCCAUGUUAAACAACUACUCGGCCGUGGUUCUGGGAACAACUGCAGUCAAGAUGGCCGCGCACAAGCUGUACGAGUCUUUGGGUUUCCGGCGAGUGGGAGACACUGAGGACUACACGCUGCCUGGGAUGACCCGUUCGCCGCUGGAGAGGCUCUUCUUCCAGAUUCGCUACAGCCGGUACCGAUUGCAGCUUCAUGAAGAGUGAGAGACAGACAGUUAACAUGAGCGCAGAAGAUAGAAUAUAAACGACGAUGCCGGCAAUGACCCUGAACCACCCACUGACCCGGUCCUCUUCUUCUACCUAUUUAUUUAUGUUUUGGGCUUUUUUUUUUAAAAGUCAUAUCUGUUCCUACAACCUUUAUUUUUAUUGAUUUUAAUUUUUAUACUUAUUUUCAUGCUCAUUGUUUUUGAGGGGGUUUCAUUCCUUUGACCACACUGGAUGGUUCUGCUCUUACACUUUCUUUUCAUGGUCAUCUUGCCCUGAAACGCCAUGAACAAAUCUUAAUUGGAUAUAAACGUAAAUUUGUUUGCAGUGACAGAUUCUCCCUUGAAACACACGAAUCAAGGCAGCUGCCUCUGACCUUUUCCCAAACCAUUCUAUAGGCCGAUCCACAUAACUCAGACCACUAUAAACAAAGUUCAUGAUCCAGUGGACAUCGGAACUGGAGGGAAGGAGGUAGUAAGGUUUGAUCCACCUUUUCAGAUGCCAUCUUCCUCAUGAGGAAGUACGUUUGAAACUUGCAACAGCAGCAGUCUGGUGGAGUCAAACAGUCCAACUAAUUGUAAUUCUUAGUCCAAAGGACAGACUUUUUAACUGUGUCUAACCAAUGAACAAAAAGAUCUAGAAAUGUGGAAUAUUAUGAACCCAUUGAUUUAUAUCCCUAAGCACCCCCCGUUUAAUAGUUUACGAUAACAACUUGGCAAUAUAAUCUUUAUUUGUUUUGUUAAGCAUGUUCCUAGUGCUGAGCCAAAUUAUCAACAUUAGGAAAGGUCAGAAAUUACUAGAAAAACAUGAAUGUUCAUCAUGUUAAAGAGAAUGAUAAAGAAAAAGUUGUUUCUUUACACUUUUAUGUGGCUGACAUAAAAGUAACAGUCAGUGAAACUCGCGUUUACAGAUAUAACUGCUACAAAAAGUCACUUUUCUGAAAUCUAGAAAAAAAUUCACUUGAAAUUUGAUCCUAAAAGUACACACAUUUCAUAUACUGUGAUAAUCUGUAGCACACAGCUGUCAUUUAUCCGAUUUUAGCACAUAUCUAUUUGUGUACCUAUUUGAUGAAGCUUUAAUAAUGACUUGAUUAAACUUUUGUACACUUUGUGGGUAAUUUCACAAUUCGGGUUUAGGGAAAAAUACUUACUACAAAAAUGGCUGAAUUGUGGUUAUGCUUCCCAGUCUGAUAUUGCUCCUCGUAUGCAAUAUCUAAAAUACAAACAAAGCAAAAUCAAAUGCAAUCAGACUCCAAGUGUAUUCAAAUUCAACUUGGGUGGCAUAAAAACAGCAAGAUAACUGAUAAAACCUAAAUUAAACUGAGCACAAAUCUGAAAUUGGAUAAAUAUUACAAAAAAGGGACUGUAUAAGUAAACAAUAUAUACGGCUUUAUAUUCUGCAACUAUUCAAUAUGUAUAUGUGAAAUGUUUGAAUACAUAUAUAUGACAUACCCAUAAUCUCUCUCUGUCUCUAUCCUCCUAUCACAGUACCAGCACAGGGAGAGAUACAAACCACAAUGAGCCUCAUCUGUGACACAAUGUUGUAUAAAGUUAAGAAACUAAAUGUGAUUUAAAAUACAUAGAAGUAACAUGUAGUGCAAAAAAAAAAAAAAAAGAAAAAAAGAACAAAAAAAAACAUUGUCAGUUUUCCUCGACUUUAACCCCACCCCCAUUCGAAUAUCUGACUGCAACCCUGGGCCAGACCUCUCCCUCCCUUACGUCCCCAACCUCUCAACCCCACCCCCAUCUCUGCAUGAGCCACAGAGUCUUGUUGCGCUGCCCUUUUCCCAUUCUAGCUUGUACUCUCCCCAUACUUCCCUCCCUCUGUGAUGUCACAGUAGCAGUGCGGAGAGUUGUGGGCAUGGCUUAGAAUGUGAGAUGGGCGGGGCCAACCAAACAAUAGGACUACCCACCAGCUUGCUGCUUCAAUGACAUCACAGCUGCCAAUAGUAGAAUGCAAAAGCAAUGCAAGUUUGUGGCAUGCCUCUGUACCUGGUUUGUGCGUACGGUGCCUGCCCUGGAAAAGAAGUAUAUUUAAAACUAUGUAAAACAAGCUUCUUUUUUAACUGGACAUAUAACAAAUAUGUGUGUUUCAUUGUUCAAAGAAAUUGUUGUUGCAUGAAACGUCUUUGAAAGAAAAAUCAGCAAGAAAACACCAUCUUACACAUGGCAAGUCUUAAAAGUUGGAGCUGUUUCUUUUGCUAUUUCUAUGUAAUUUCAGUUCAUUUUAAAAUUCUUACUGUCAUCUUUUAGGAUAUUGUGAAAUGUACCUUUCCUCGUAAGAAGGCCUUGAAAAUUAUUCAUCUGAAUGCGCCGUUUUGACUACACUUCAGUUAUGUGAUGCUUCUCACUUGACUUGUGAGGACGUCUUUAUUUUAGCCAUGUGGGUUGAAACAAAAAGGCACCAAGAAAGCAAUUCACUAGACACAGCUUUGCCAGUUGUGUGUGCCAGUCAAAUUAGACAUAGCAUUCACCUGUCUCCCUUAAAAUUGACUCAUUAAGUGGCCAGUUAAGCUGGGUUUGAAUGCACUUAACAUCCUUAAGAAGAAAGGUUGGGCUGAUUAAAUCCAUGAUGGGAUAUUUAAACUAUCAACGUGAAAGGCAGUGUAAAUCUAAAGCAAACAGGCUACAGAUCACUUACCUGAGAUCUUGUGAAACAUUUGCGCUAAACUGUGAAAGGCCAAAACAAUCCACAAAUAAUCACAUAAAUGGGAUACAGUAUGAAAAUACAUAAGGAGCAUGAAGUUGUAUUCAAUCCAACAUUUAGGAAUCAGUAUCAGAUCAACUGGAAAAAUCACACAAAUGUCUUAAUGGGAUUUACCAUAGUGCUGUCACAUGUGAAUGUACGCGGCAAUCAGCAAUGUAUUGCGUAUAUU